GAUUCCCCAGGCUCUCAGAGACUGGUAGGUGCCUUGUUCCUUUUGGUGAUGAUGAGGGCACUGCUUAUCUGCAUGGCAAGUUGCCUCCUGGUGGUGAAUGGCGGAAACAUCAUCAAUCGCUGUGCCUUGGCCAAGAUGCUGCAUGAAGAGGACGUGGAUGGGUUUGAGGGCUACUCCCUGCCCGACUGGCUGUGCCUGGCUUUUGUGGAAAGCAACUUCAACAUCUCAAAGGUGAAUGAGAAUGUAGACGGCAGCUUUGACUAUGGGAUCUUCCAGAUCAAUAGCCAUUACUGGUGCAACGACUACCAGAGUCACUCGGAGAACUUCUGCCACAUGGACUGUCAAGAUCUACUGAAUCCCAACCUCCUUUCAUCUAUCCACUGUGCGAAAAAGAUUGUGUCUGGAUCAGGAGGGAUGAAGAACUGGGUAGAAUGGAGGUUGCACUGUUUGGGACGGCCACUCUCCUAUUGGAUGACAGGGUGUCAUCUGGGAUGAACCAGAGCGCAGAGUCACUGAAGAGUCACUCCAGGACCCCUGUUCUACUUGGAGAUUCUUCACUAUUUCAUCUUCUUGCCUUCACCUCAUAUUUUCUUCUCUUCCCACUCACAUGUAAAACUGACCAGAGUCCCUGGGGAAAA